CCUACCCCGGGCGCUGAUGAAGCGGGCAGGGCAGCCACCGCGUGGCUGACCUUCCUCCCGCAAGGUUCUUGCGCCCCCGGCUCAGAGCAAGAGGCCUGCGCCCGACAAGGAACUAGUGUCCACCCCUGAGCCCGGGGCCAGUACGUUCAGACACUAAGAAGGGACGGGCAGCUCCCGGGGCAGCGCCGCUGCUUCGCGCUCCCGCCCCCGGUGGCCAGAGGUGGCGCCUCCCCCGCGGCGACCGGAGCCGGGAGGUGGGGUCCGGAGCCGGAGCCCGGGGCUCUGAUGUCACCGCGCGGCCGCCGGCGCCCAGAAGCACCUCUCGGGCUGGAGCUCAGAAUCCGGGUCCCUGCCGCCCAUGAUUGCGCUGCCCCCCCAGCUCCGGUUCCGAGUCCUCCCCGACGGCGAACCCAACAGGAAAGGCGGAGAAAGGAGCCGGCCUGCGGCCAUGCGCCCUCCCAGCGUCCCCUGGACCCCGAUCCGCGGCAGCACCGCGUGACUCUGCCGCCCCCUGCGGUCGCCGGUCCUGCGCCUUUCUCCUCCCUCGCGUGCCCCGACUCUAAGAGCUUGAAGCGUCAGGCUGGGUACAGGAGGGUAAGGAGAUCUCCAGCUCGUGGCCUGUCUUCAGGCAGCCCCAGGUGGGACUGGGAAGAAAGAAUUACAGUGAUCUCAAAACGUUCUGGACCAUUGUUCGUCCGGGAAAGAUCACACGGAGAAGCUAACAAAGCGCCAGGAAGCGGCCAGGGCCCGGAGGAGCUAGCCUGCCCAGCGCUCACCCGCACAGCCAUGGAGGCCCUGGGUCCCGGGCGCGACCGCGCCUCCUCAGCCUCAUCCACGCACAGCCUGGACCUGCGGCGGCUGUCCGUGCGCGCCGACUCUGCCUACGGCUCCUUCUCUGCGGCCUCGGGCGGCGCCGAGCCGCGCACGCCGUCCCCGGGCGGCGACCUCCUUCCGUACCUGGACUGGGACUACGUGCGCCUGGUGUGGGGCGGCCCGGCGCCCGCCCGGCCCGCUGCCGCCCUGCACGCCUCCCCGCAGCCCCGGCCCGCAGCCGCCGCCCGCAGUGGGCCGUGCUCCCCGCAGGUGCAGGGCGCCCCGGGGGCACUCAGCAGGCAGGCCACCCCUCUCCUGUUUGCGCUGGCGGCCGAGGCGGAGGCCGCAGCGCGGGCCGCGGAACCGCCCAGCCCUCCGGCCUCGCGGGCCGCCUACCGCCAGCGCCUGCAGGGCGCACAGCGACGAGUCCUCCGGGAGACGUCCUUCCAGCGCAAGGAGCUCCGCAUGAGCCUGCCCGCCCGCCUGAGGCCCGUGGCCCCCGCGCGGCCCCCGACGGCGCACUCGCGCUCCGCUUCGCUCGGCCACCCGGGCGGCGAGGGGGAACCGGCGCGCUCCGGGGUUCUCGUGCCAGGAACCGCCGGCCGGGGCCGCCUCGCCAACCAGAAGCAAAAGUGGUGCUUCUCCGAGCCAGGAAAGCUGGAUAGCGUGGGCCGGGGCGCUGGGAUGACUUCGGGGUACUCGGGUGGGGCCUGCUCCAGCUUUGGCCAAGUCGGGCCCGAGCCCCAGGAAUUGCAGCAUCGGGCGUUGGCAGAGUUCGAAGGUCUCCAGAUCAGAUGGCCACCCCGAGGCACAGGGGACCCAGAAACCGGGUCCUUGAAGCUCGACAACGCCUACAGGCCUGCCCGCAGGAGUCAGAGCGCUUCAGGGGAAGCUUUGGGUCCCUGGGGAGGUCCCGGAGGGGCCGUGCCCAUUAUCCAGGCCGUUCCUCAAGGAGCAGAACCCCCCAGACCAUUAUUUCAAGCCAGACAUCCCAGGUUCCCGACUCAGAAGGAAGCUGCCACAGUGGCGUGUCCUGCAGCGGGUCCCCAGAGCAGUCCCACUGACUGCCAGCACAGGGUCCCGGAGACCGGCACUGCGUCUGUCCGGCUCCCCUCCCUUCCUGAUGAUGAGGUCUUCCUGGAAGAAGCCCCGCCGGUCAGAACGAGAUCACCUCUAGACUCCUCUGUACGCCCAGGGCUCCCAGCCAGUGUCCAUGCCUCUGACCUGCCGUGUGGAGCUGGCUUGAGCCAAAGGCCUCACCGGGCUACCGUCCCCUUAGAGCACCCCUUUCGCGAGAGCCCGGAGACUGCAGGGGCAGAUGCCCGCUGGCAGGGGGUAAACGGCUGUGUGGGCGUCUCCAGGCCCACAUGCUGUAGCCCCACUGGGACUGCAAAUGGCGACAUCCCAACCACGGACUGCAUUGGGUUGCUGAUGACUGACUUCCCUGCUGCUGCAGAGAGCAACCCCCUCCAGCCUCUCCCAGGGGAUGCCUUGGGACCACCAGGCGAUGACACCCAAGGGCCUCGAGAUGACGAGGCCCUGGCUUGGGGCACUGGCCAGCCUGGUUCCCAACUGACGUGGCCCAGUCCCCGCCUGGAGGAGCUGGUUCAGGAGCUGGCCAGACUGGAUCCCUCUCUGAGUGACACUCUCACCUCCUACCCCAGCCCAGAGCCUCCUCUGGAUCUGCUGGAGGGGCUGAUUCCUUUGGCUGAGGUCUGGGCUGCCAUGAGGCCAGCCUGUGGCAAGACUGGAGAGGAGGCUGCUGGGACUUCUGAGCCAGGAUGCACCCAACUCCUGCCAACUUCUCAGGAAGAAACGAGGUUUGAAAGCCCUACCACCCAUACUAUGCCUGACCAGCCAUGUGGCCGGGGUCUCCCAGAGCCAAACAGCAGCAUCCAAGCUAAGAAAGUGGAGCUAGCGGACCUCCUCCAAAAGGCACUGCAGAACCUUCAGGCUGAGCAGGAGCAGCUGCAGGGGGCAGCCCAGACCUGGGCCAGGCGCAGGGCUGCUCUGGAGGCCUCAGUAGGCAAGGCCUGUGCACCCCGAGACCUAGAGCGGUUCAGCCGGUUCAUGGCCGACCUAGAGCGCGUGCUUGGCCUUCUGCUGCUACUGGGCAGUCGCCUGGCUCGCGUGCACCGCGCCCUGGCCCGGACAGGGGCAGACAUCGACCCUGACGAGCAGGCUUCUCUGUUGCAACGUCUCAGGCUCCUGCAGCGACAGCAGGAGGAUGCUGGGGAGCUGAAGGAGCACGUGGCACGGCGAGAGCGAGCCCUUCGAGAGGUUCUGGUGCAGGCACUGCCUGCUGGGGACCUGCGCGCCUACUGUGCCCUCCUGGCCAGCAAGGCUGCUGUCCUGGCCCAGCAGCGCAGCUUGGACGAGCGUGUUCGGCUCCUUCAGGACCAACUGGAUGCUGUCAGGAGCAGCCUUGCCCAUCGACCCUCAUCUCCCAGGCUGGCCUCCCCGCCAGGGACCCAGCCUCCCCAUAAACCUCCCUUCCCAGCCCUGCUUAUUUAGUGACAGCAUGGAGGUGGGGAGCAUUGCCCCUGCUGUUCCCUCACGCUGCUGGGGUGAAGUUGGCUUGUUGGGUGCCUUUCCCCUGGGGUGGGGAUGACCCAGGCUGGGCCCUUCCAGGAUACUUCUUCCAAGUGGUGUCAUGUAGCCUUGCCCACAUCUUGUGGAUUAUCUGGUAAUUAAUUUAUGGGUUUUAUAAACUGCAGUAUUCCCCGUUCUUGUGAUGAGAGAGAGGGUUGGUCCGAGUGGGCUGGAGGGAGUGGAGACAAGCAGAAUCUCAACUUAAGAUGCAGAACAGCCUCUUUUCCCUCAAUAAAAAUUGCUGUGAGGAGUGUGUAUGUCAGCUAGAAUGCAGUUUGGGGAAGGAUCUUGUUCGCUGGUCCCAGAGGCCAGCCCUCCCUGACGAGGGCAGAAGAGGGAUUUGUUGGAGGGUAUCAGUGAGGUCUGGACAUCUCUAGAAGACUGAGCAACCAGGUUUCAAAACAGCUGGGACCAGGGGGGUGCUGGGCCCCCAGCUCCAUUGCCGCCAGUGAUUCCUAACUAUUCUGGGGACUAUGUCACCACUAACGCCAGGCCUGAUUGGCCAAACCCAGGCCUCCUUCGUUGGGUUUACCCAAGCCCCCAACCCCUGUAGUGGAAGUGGGGUACUGCCUCCCUUCAAGACUCAGUGGAUAAUGUCCCCAAUGGAAAAUGGGUUCAGAUGCUUUACUGCCUAAGAACCCUGACAAAUGCCCAGCACACUUGGACAUUUGGGGACAUUCAUUCCAAGAACUUCCUUCCUCUUCCAAUUGUGUUAUCAAACUUGAGUUUAUCCUGUUCUCCUUUAGAGACUGCACUGGGUCAGGCAGGCUUGAGAAGGGCAUUCGGGGGUGGGAGUAGGAGGUGAGGCCUGGGGGUCGUGGAGACCUAUCAUGUGAGGGCUGGGGGCCUGGAGAGGCAGCUCAGCUGUGCUAGAGGCGCCUCUGGGGGUGGGUUGGGCUGGGAAGGAGGAGUCAGGGGCUGAAGCAUAGGACACACACACUCCUUUAUUUGUGCAUCAGUCCUGUAUACACAGAAUCAAUGUCAAGUUCUCAAAUAUACAUGUGAAAAUCAGCUUUAGUAUUUAUAACUGCAAGCACCAAGGAAAACAUUGUUCUUGCAAAGGUUUGGCAUAUUUUUGGAACCUGGGUACAUUAAAAGGCAUGUAUAUGUGUAUUUAAAGCCAACUGACCCCAGAGUGAGAAAUCUCUGCUUCUGGGCUUGUUUUCUGAUUUGUAUUGUCACCAAGUGCAACUGGUUGGGAAUUUUAAGUGGUCGUAUUCAUAGCAAAAGCAUUAGUUGUAACAGUCGUGCUAUUGAGCACAGAACAAUGCUCACAUUGUGCCAUUUUAUAAAAAACAUAUGGGGCUCCUGCUGAGGCAGUUGCGGGUUCUAACAUUAUGCUUUGAACACUGGGCAGGGCCUCCGCUCCAAGGCCUCCAGUCCAGCUGGGCAGCUGGCUUCGGGGUGCAUUCUAGGUGGAAUCUGCUUAUUUCUGCCUUUUGGCCUGUACAGGCCCCAUUGCAUUCUCUGGCUGUGAUAUUUUUAGAAAGACUUGAUGGGGUCCCCUGGGCCAGUGGAAACAGUGUAUUUUAGACAAAGCACUCCCAGGCCGGGAUGGGCCUGGGGAGCAGCAUCUGUCAUUGUCCAGCUAAACUGCACUUUGCUUCUGUGCUGAGUUUUGCCCUGGGGAAAUAACAAGGCUUCUCUGCUUGUCCCUACCACAUCCGGGGAGCCACCAAAAUAGGUGGACACCAACUGCGCCUGUCCUUUCAUGUGGCCUCUGUCUCCUUCCUUCCCUGGUGUAUUUCCCUCCCACUCCGUUAUUCCUUCAGAGGGCAAGAGUGAGCUCACCAUAGCUGUUGCAUGUUGGUACCACAGACCAAGAAAGACGAGCAGGGCCCGGGAGCCUGGUGAAUUUCACCCUCCAGGACACUGUCAGCAGAGGGCACUGUUCUCACGAUUGAAUCUGCCACCUGUACCUGACCACCUGCAGCCCCCCGCAGCUACCAGGCCCUCUGCGCUAGCCACUGGGACUUUGCCUGGCCCUGCACAGCAGUGUCGCUGCUGAACAUGAAGACUGGGGCUGGGCCUUCCUGCUUCAGUCGGAAGGCAAUUCUGGCUAGGCAGCCCUGGGAAAGCUGGCUUGUUUUCCUUGGUUGCUGGUUAAUGAGAAGUGAGGAGGAGGGAAGCCGGGGUUGUUAUCUCCAGUAUCAGUAUCGAGAAGUCUUACUUAGUCCCCACCCCCGGCUGGAACACAG